AUGGCCGACCCAACCCCCAAUUCUACGCCCCAGAGGCCCCGCACAGGCUUCGUGAUGAAUUCCAUGGUCCUGAUGACCGUAACCCGUGUCCCACCCGCGAUUCUCUCCUCGCAUCUCGGAAUAGAUUCGCCCAACACCAGAACAUUUGUCGCUGUUCAAACCGAGGGUAAUGUCGCCUUUGGGACUAAUUUGCGCCAUCGACCCUUGCCUACUGGGAUGCCAGCCCCCAACGUUCAUGUCUUUGACUUCGAUACGGUUCUCGUAAGUGAUCUGCGAGCUGCGAGUGAUGCUCGUCGCGCGGCGGCAUUGGCUAGAGAACAAAGGCCGGCCCCGACUGCUGCUCGCGCGGAGGCACCAACUACAACUCUCGCGGAGCAAAUGGCUAGGGAACAAAUGCCGACCCCGGCUCCUCAGUCUGAACCGGAGCGUCCAGCGGUUGAUCGCCUCCGCGUGGAGUUGUCUGUGUAUGAUAUCAUACGAGUCAUCACUACAGAAAUAUUUUCGGGCGCGAAUUAUAUCAUCAUCGGGUUUUUAGCGGUUCUGGGUGAAAAAAAAGGAGAGGAAAAAAAAAAAGCGUAUGUGCACAUGUCUAGCUGUCUACAGUAUACAUGUGCUAUGGCUAAAGACGAAAAUCACGAGAUGCGUAAAAAAGAAAGGGGAGAAAAAAAGAGUGUGUAUAUUCAUACAUUUGCUGUGACGGUUUAG